CUUUGAUCCCAUGGCAUUACUCCAUAGGUUAAUUGUACAUAAGGGGAGAUGAACAAGGUCCAGAAAAAGAGAACUGAUAAUCUCCGAAAAAAGAAGCUUCAAGUAAUUGCUACUUUUAUCUUCUUUGGGAAAGUUUUCUCAAAGUGGAGAAACACUAAUUGAGGAAUAAACGACAGUCAAAUAGGUACUAACUAGGCUGGAUAAUGUUGAGAAUCCGAGUUUUACAUCCUUGCCUGAUUUCGUCAUCUCACUCGCUGUCAUUCUCACCAUACCAGUGACAGAAACAUUCUGCACGCUGUGUAGUGUAAGCAUGGAUGCAUUGAAUAUACCCGCAGAGCGUGGAAGAAGUUGGUAUUUAGCUCUCAUAGCACCCAAUGUAAAGGGCCCACGGUAUGCCUGGCUUGAUCCAUCCAGACUCUACUGUAACCAACAGGCCCUCAAAGACUGUGUAGAAGACUUGGUCCAGCCUUUCCAGAAUGAUGCCAUAGACAUCAUAGCUGGGAUUGAUGCCAUGGGCUUUGUUCUAGGAGCAGCUAUAGCCUACCAUCUUGGAAAAGGGUUUUUAACCAUUCGGAAAGAAGGUCACAGUUGUGUAGAAACCAACAGCAAAAAUUACUGUGACUACACAGGUCAAAAGAAAUUGUUGGAAAUGCGGACUGAUGUGGUUAAGAAAGACUUAAGGGUCCUGUUGGUGGACCAGUGGAUUGAGACUGGAGGCACAAUGGAAGCUGCAAUUGCACUCAUUGAAGAACAAGGUGGAACUAUAGCAGGCAUUGCGACAAUCUGCAUUGAGGACAGCGAAGGAGGCAAGCGAAUUAAAGAGAAAUAUAAAUGUUCAACCUGUGUCCCUGAUCACUUGCAGCCACAAUUCAAUAAUAAAUACCUGGAGACCUUCAAAGCCUUUGAAACAAAGAUUCCAGAUGUGCAAAAUAAAUCUGAGUGAAGCAUCA